AAAGCAUUUUCAGUAAUCUCGGGGAAGUCGGCGGCGGUAAAAUCUACCAACGAUUUCAGGUGAAGCGGCGAUACUUCUCGCAAUCGGUUUUUGAUUUCAGUGAUUUCGCGGUCGAUUGGGGAAAAUAAUCAACAAUUUCAGUAAUCUCGCAGUUGGUUGGGGAAAAUCACCAACAAGUUCAGGCGACAUUGAUGCAUUUAAAGAGUGUUUUAGCCAUGAUGAUAUGACAGGGUGAAGUUACUUAUUUGCAAAAAUGUCGAAGGAAGCAAGAAAAGUUACUGAAGUUGACGUACAAUACGUUCAAAAUCUCAUCGAGCUAAGCCUCAAGCAUUAUAUGACUCGGAGCGAAACCGUGAAGAAAUUGAACGAACAUGCAGACAUCAAGCCAUGUUUCACAGAACUUGUGUGGAAAGUUCUUGAAGAACAAAAUCGGGAAUUUUUUCGGGUGUACCAUCUGAGGCUGAAGCUGAAGGAACAGAUUAAGCGAUUCAACGAGCUGCUCCAGAUACAGUAUGAGCUGACAAGGCAGUUAAAUCAAACCGCGGCCGUCCCCAAUCUCAUACCGAAUGGACCUCUCAUUCAUCCAAUGCAAAGCUCAGCUCACCCGACCGAACCUUCCGGACAAUACCCGAGGACGAUGGAGCGCAUGCAGAUCAAUCCUAUCAACUCUAUCCCCAACGUUUAUGCCAACCACAGAGUGGAGACAAUGCCUAUGCCUACGCCUACGCCAAUGCCAACACUAAUGCCAAUGCCAAUGCAAAUGCCAAUGCCAAUGCCGGGAAUGGUAUUCAAUAAUCAGGUCGGCAACCAAUCGAACGCACAACCAGGAGGAAUGUUCAACGCCGUCGACAUGAUGCAUCAAGGAAAUAACCGCGGAAUGAUGGUUCCCGCUGGAAUCAACAGUUCCUUCAGCAUGUAUGGCCGUGUUGCCGAGACUGGUCUUCCCCUGCAGCCUCCUCUGAACAACAACCGCGGCAUUAAUGUAGGUUCGUCGAUUCCUCCUAACAACAUCGGCGGCAUGAAUGUAGGUCCGUCGAUUCCACCGAUAAAUUGCGCGCCGCCGGCUCCGAUGGGGAACCCGUUUUUGCAGGCGCAGCCGGUGUGGGAACCUCCGGUGAACCCGUUUGGAUACAUGCCCACUGAUGCUUUCGGUAACUUUAUGCAUACCAACGGAAACUUGUUGGGGUUGGAUAUGGAGAUGGGGCUUUGGAAUGAGGUUAGUAGUGAUCAUAAAUAUAAUUAAUGCUUUUUGUGUUAUUUUGAAUGAUGAAACAAAGCGAGUGUGUUUUGGAUUUUGGUUUUCGGUUUGAAUUUGAGACUUUGUAUGGUUGGAUGGAUUUGGAUUUUUAGCUCUUCUUUAUGGUUUUGGCAGUGAUUCAUGGAC